GUCUUCUAGUAUUCUAAUUCUAUGGUCCAGAGCCACCGAAAAUGUCCGUCUGUGUUGCGGCUCGAUCGGGACGGGGGAUUUCGCCAGGAAAUAAUACACAUUUAACCCCUGAAGAAGACAGACACAAGCCACAUAUUCUGACAACCUAGAGUACUAUCCCCCAGGAAGGAGUGUCGAGUUGGUGUGUUGGAGCGACACCAACAAAAAAACGGGAGUUUACAGUAACAGUUCUUCCGCUGUGAUGUCGGGUCCUGGGUCUCGGAGGACCGGGUCCAGCAUCAAAAUCCGCCUGACAGUCUUAUGUGCCAAGAACCUUGCAAAGAAAGACUUCUUCCGGUUGCCAGACCCAUUUGCAAAGGUAGUGGUGGAUGGAUCAGGACAGUGUCAUUCUACAGACACAGUGAAGAGCACUCUGGACCCCAAAUGGAACCAACACUAUGACCUGUACAUAGGGAAGACAGACUCCAUCACCAUCAGUGUGUGGAACCAUAAGAAGAUCCACAAGCGGCAGGGCGCCGGGUUCCUGGGCUGUAUACGACUGCUGGCUAACUCCAUCAGCAGACUGAAAGACACUGGCUACCAGCGGUUGGAUCUGUGUAAGCUGAAUCCAUCAGACAGUGAUGCAGUACGGGGACAGAUCGUAGUGAGCCUCCAGACCAGAGAUGGUUUGGGCAGCGGAGGACCCGUGGUCGACUGUAGAGGACUGUUAGAGAAUGACGGGCCUGUGUUUGAGAACUGUUUCAGUGAGGAGCCGCUACCGUACUCAGACCCCACGGGCGCCGCUGGGGGCGGGACCUGUCCACCGGAUUCACCCAACCAGGAGAACCGGCUCCAGGCUCAGCGAAUCAGAGGCCAGGAUUCCCAAAGACACACCCACACCCCUCAGAACCGACCGCAUGGCAACCAAUCACCUGAUCUGCCUGAGGGAUACGAGCAGCGCACCACGGUGCAGGGCCAGGUGUAUUUUCUUCACACACAGACGGGAGUCAGCACCUGGCAUGACCCACGCAUACCCAGGGACCUGGCCAGUGUGAGCUGUGAGGAGUUGGGUCCGCUGCCGGCCGGUUGGGAGGUGAGGAGCACGGUGUCGGGACGGAUCUACUUUGUGGAUCACAACAACCGAACAACGCAGUUCACUGACCCCCGGCUACACACCAUCAUCAGCCAACACUCCCAGGUGAAGGACUCGUCUCAGCCGCUGGGUGGGGGAGGCGGGAGAGAGAUGGAGGUGGGGGGGGAGGAGGGAGGAGAAGGGGAGGUGACACUGCGUUAUGAGAGAGACCUGGUCCACAAACUGAAGCUGCUCCGACACGAGCUGUCACUACAGCAACCACAGGCCGGACACUGUCGCAUAGAGGUCUCACGAGACGAGAUCUUUGAGGAGUCUUAUCGUCAGAUCAUGAAGAUGAGACCCAAGGAUCUGAAGAAACGACUGAUGGUGAAGUUUAGAGGAGAGGAAGGACUGGACUACGGAGGAGUGGCAAGGGAGUGGCUGUACCUGCUGUGCCAUGAGAUGUUGAACCCGUACUACGGCCUGUUCCAGUACUCAACAGACAACAUUUACACUCUACAGAUCAACCCUGACUCCUCUAUAAACCCUGACCACCUGUCGUAUUUCCACUUUGUGGGUCGUGUGAUGGGCCUGGCAGUGUUCCAUAGUCACUAUAUCAACGGAGGCUUCACCCUGCCCUUCUACAAGCAGCUGCUGGGGAAACCUAUUAUGCUACAAGACCUGGAGACCACUGAUCCUGAACUUCACAAGAGUCUGGUCUGGAUACUGGAGAAUGACAUCUCGUCGGUUCUAGAUCAUACGUUCUGCGUGGAACACAGUGCCUUCGGGAAGUUCCUUCAACAUGAGCUGAAACCCAACGGUCAGAACCUCCCGGUAACCGAGGACAACAAGAAGGAGUACGUGAAGCUUUAUGUCACCUGGAGGUUUAUGAGGGGGAUCGAGGCUCAGUUCUUAGCUCUGCAGAAAGGAUUCAGCCAACUGAUUCCUCAACACCUCCUCAAACCAUUUGACCACAAGGAGCUGGAGUUGAUAAUUGGAGGCCUGGGGAAGAUAGACCUAGCAGAUUGGAAGUCUAACACCCGUUUGAAGCACUGUGCUGUAGACAGUAAUGUGGUUUGCUGGUUCUGGGAGGCUGUAGAGAGCUUCACUGAGGAGAGGAGAGGACGACUACUGCAGUUUGUUACCGGUUCUACCAGAGUUCCACUACAGGGAUUCAAGGCACUACAGGGUUCUACAGGUUCAGCAGGCCCAAGGCUGUUCACCAUCCAUCUGAUAGAGGCCAACACAGACAACCUACCCAAGGCACACACAUGUUUUAACAGAAUAGAUAUCCCUCCCUACGAGUCGUACGAGAAACUUUAUGAGAAACUGCUGACGGCCGUGGAGGAAACUUGCGGCUUUGCUGUGGAGUGAAACACACACACACACACGUCACCCUGCAAUAACCCCCCGCCCCUACAGAAUUACUAUUGACCAAUCACAGGACAAUACCACCUAGCCUCUCCCAUCCCGACCAGACUGAUCUCCAGGGGAACUGUCAUCAUGGGUCACGGCCGGGUUUGUUACCAUGGUUGCAUGAUCCGGGGAUAUCAUCGGUUCCUGUAUUUUAGAGGUUUUUCAGAUUUUGAAGAAACAUUUUUAUCCUUCAGUUUUAUCGAGCUAUGAUGUCACUCUUCAGAACAACCAAUGACUUUGAUUCUGUCUCCAAUCACACGCAGUCUCUGUACAGAAUAAGCCAAUCAGAGACGAUCUGAGCUGAAAUUCUCCAAUCAGAAAGCAGAUUGAUUAAUGUUCAUGCUUCAUGUUUAACCACUGUUGUGUGUGUGUGUGCGUGUGUGUGUGUGUGUGCGUGCGUGCGUGCGUGCGUGCGUGUGUGUGUGUGUGUGUGUGCGUGCAUAGCACCUGGUCCUCUGUAUAAUGGUAUUAAGCCUUUAUGUCUCUCUGAUUAUUAUUUUAUUUAUUUACUGUGAUGAUGAUGAUACUGACCUGCUGCUACUCUACAGAGACGGACCCCCUAACCCCUCCUCUCAUCCCUCCUUCUUUUGUCUUCCUCUCUCCUCAUCCCCCUCCUCUCAUCUCUCCACUUCUCCUCCCUCUCCUCUCAUCUUUCCUUCUCUCCUCUCAUCCCUCCUCUCAUC